AUGUCGGUAUUCUUUAACAUCAAGAAAGUCUUCUGCUGUAAGAGAAAAAACAAGACCCCAGAGGGGUUUUGUGAUGGCCGGAGGAGGAGGAGGAGGGACUGCCUAGGACAUGCAUGUACAACUCCUGAUAAAUAUGAUAUCCCAUAUGAACCAGAAAAUAAUGUUCACAUUGCGGUGUGCCUGGGAGAUAUUGAACGAGUGAAGAAGCACUUUUGUCAGAAGGAAUGUAACAUGAAUGACAGGGAUACACAUAAUAGAACUGCUCUGCACUUUGCAUGCUUUUAUGGAAACCUGGAAAUAGUCCAUCUUCUAGUUAAGAAUAGCUGCAUCAUUGAUGUACUUGAUGAUGAGCAUUCCACACCACUGAUGAAGGCUGUCCAGAGUUGGGAAGAAAAAAUUGUCCAUUUUCUAUUAGAAAAAAAGGCUGACCCAAACAUUAGGGACACUGAUGGUAACACGGCUCUCCAUCAUGCAAUCUAUGUUGGGAGACCAGUAUUAGCUGGGAUACUUCUUGCUUAUGGUGCAAACAUUGAGAAGAUGACUAAGGAUGGCUUGACUCCUCUGCUGCUGGCCCUGAGAGAGCACAAACUCUGCAUGGCAGAAUACCUAAUAAAGCAGGGGGCAGAUGUGCACGUUCACGACACCCAGCAACGGAACACUUUGAUGUAUGCUAUCAGAAGUGACUCUGAGGAAAUGGUCAGCCUCCUCCUGCAGCACGGUGUCAGUCCCUUGUUGAAAGACUCAUUUGGAUGGAGUGCGUUACGCUACGCUAUGGCGGGCCAUCGGAAGGUGUAA